CAACCAAAUGUAAUUGGAUCCAAUGUAAUAAUGUGUAAUGCGUCUGAGAAUGACGGAGUUGAGUGGUAAAUGAUUGACCGUCUUUAUGACGAAUUGAAAGGGUACGUACACCUGUAUCCAGUGCGCGGGUGCGUCCGAGUCAUUUUAAAAAAGUUGACAGUGCAACCGUUACGCGGAAUUCGGUGAGCGUCGAGUGCGUGUUUUAUUUGUGAUCUGAAGGGCAAAUUAUAUGAUGAAAACGAUCAUAAACUUAGAAACGCUAUAACUGUUAAUUUAUGUGGACUGCACUGACACCAUGAACUUCAAUAUCUUAUUCUCAGAAGAGGACAUAUUGCUGAAAGGACAUGUCGCGACGGUAAAUGCGUCUUCAACGAAACGUCAUUUAUUUCUUAGACACACCGCCGUGGAUAGGCUACGCAGUGUCAUUGAAUGUACGUGCGGUAUCUAACCUAUUUGCGUGAAGACAACCGUGUUGGAUCCUAAAGUAACGAUAUAUUUUUUUAAUAAAACGUUUUUGGAGGCAUGGAUAUAAUAUCAACAAAUAUCUCCUUGGGCCUAUAAAUGGAACUGUAGUCACGCCACCACUGACGCUAAUCUACGGACUGUUUCAUGGGUUUUCGACCAUUUGGCGAAUAUUACUGGUUUACAUAGCCUACCCAAACCUCUGAUAUUGGAAUAUUCGUGUCCGUCAUUCAAAGUUCGCACAACUUCCAGUAACAUAGAUGUAACUGUAAUGUAGCCUAUUGGAUUAAAAGUGAACUGAGAAAAUUAAAUUGGGCUAUUAUCAUAUCAGUGUACUUGAUUGCCAAAAUUGAUGAUUGAUAUGUCAUUAAUUGUAACACUGUUUCCAAUUUCGUCGUAAUUAUUGAUCAUUUGAUUAAAUUAAAAUUGCUGCUCAUUCUUUGUAGUCAGAGCUUAAUUAAUUGCUAUAGUAUUCAUAAUUUAAUAUUUUGAUAAAUUAAUUUUAUGUUCACGAGUAACGUUGUGGGAAUGCCACCCGGGCUGUCAUUCCAUAAGAUGAAAACUAAGGAAUACAAUUGGAAUAUUGAUUGAGUGGUGAGAAAAGCAAAAGCGAAUCACCAAUUCAUUGACCGAACCUUUUGCGUGCCUUUUGGAGUACUGCACAAUGGGGAUUAUGCUUCAAGUUAUUCUAGGAAUGUUUCAGUUCCUCAUGCUCUCCAGAAUACCCAUUUCCCAUGCCAAGCUAGCACACUGGAGACCUGUGGACACCACCCCGAAAUCCAGAGAAGUGCGACGGUGGUUAGAGGUGUACUCCCGGAGUGGUUGCGAGCCCAGGGAGACCAUGGUGGAAGUGUGGCGCGAGCUACCGGGUGAGACGCAUCACCUCUUCGUUCCCUCCUGUGUGACGGUGCGUCGCUGUGGAGGGUGCUGCUCUGAUGAAGCCCUGGAGUGUGUGCCCUCACUCACACACACACUCACCAUGGAGCUUAUGAAGACAUCCUUCAUGAAGCAUGAGCUCAUUGAGUUAGACUUCGUUGAGCACAGCCAGUGUGAGUGCAGACUGAAAGAGAAUCUACUAUCAGCCCCUACUAGGCCUUCAAAACCUCAGAGGAAUGGCAGGAAAAGGGAAAGAGGGAAAUCCAAACGAAAGAAAACUGGAACUAUCCAAACGCUAACGUCCCCUGCCCCCCUCGUCUCGUCUCCCUCUCCAGGCCCUCGGUGUGCCCCGUGUCCGGGGAGGAGGUGGGCGCUCGAUCUGCAGUCGUGUCGGUGUCAUUGCAACAUCAGCGCUGAGAGCUGCAGCCUGAAAGGGAGGAGACUCAACCAGCACACGUGCAGAUGUGCGGCUAUGCGGCGGUGAGGCUCUUCCUCUCCUUUCCGUCUCGUCACUGGUUCCCAAGUCCUUCCCAGCCAUGCUCACCGCAGUCCUGAGUACCUUCCUGCCAGGUGGUGGGGUGGGAAAUGUGUCCCUUUCUGUGUCCUCCGUGCCCUCAAAAAACACCAAGUCAGUGCAGUAUUUCAGUAGCGUGUAAAUAUAUGUACAGUGUAUGUGCACAAACUCUAUAUCUGUAUUUGUACGUGUUCCCUCAGCUAACGUCGUCAUCAUGCAGCUUCGUAAGGCACCGUCAGCUGCUUUUGUUCAGUCCCCAUUUAUCCGUGUAAUGCUCUCUUAUUAACAAGGUCAAAGGGUGGGACCAAAUGAAAAGCCUGCAGCUUGUAUUGGGGCAGAGUGAGGUAUUGCAGCCCCC